AGUAAAUCAUCGAGAGGCUUGUAUCAACGUUUUUCUUGCGACAAAAAAACUAUCAUCAUUUACCAAAAUUUUAAUAUCAUCGGCUAUACAAACUUUUUUUCAGAUUAUUUGAUUUAUUUCUUUUCUUUUUUCUUUCAAAAGUUUUAGUAACUAAAAUUAAAAAAAAUGUCUGAAAUUGAUUCGAAAAAACGUACCAGAAGUAAAACCAAAAAUGAUGAUGUUUCGUUAAAUAAACCUCAACCUAAAAAAAGUCGUGGCAAAGCAAUUAAAAAAGAAAUUAAAGACGAAAACCCGCCUGAAUCUGAUGCGCCUCCAAGUUUAGAAAAUAAUAACGAAGUUGAAGGUGUCAGCAGUCAAGCACAAUCGAAGAAAUGGACACCGGAGCAACGGUUACAGUUAAUUGAAGCAGUUCUUAAACAUGUUAAAGUACCUUGGGACGAAGUAAGUAAUGAAGUUGAUGGCGGGAAAAAUGGGAAAAUGUGCUAUGAUCAAUGGAGAAGAAAAAUUGUACCGGGUUUAAAAACCUACAUCAACUCUGAUCAUGAGCAUUAGGAAGCAAGAGAAUAAAAAAGGAAGUUUGUCAUUUUCUUUGUUUUAUUUUAUCUAUCGUAAUUAUUCUCUUUUUUUUUGUAUUUGAAUUAUUAAUUAUUAUUACACAAUAAAUUCAAAUUUCAAUGUAUCGAUGUUUUUAUAAAA